ACAAUGACCGUGUGUGCGUCUGUGUUUAGCUGAUAAUCAUUUCUGCAAAUUUUUUUUAAUUCAAGAAAAAUAAUUCAUCGUAGCAAAAUUAAUAAAGAAAACAGUGAAAGUUCAAUAAAAAAGUGUGUAUUCUCUUAGAGAAGAUUUUUGUUUAUCUGGUUCUAUCUUCAAGUGUAAAAACGAAGCUCAAAAUGCCACUGGAAAAUCAUUCAGCUUUGACGCCACUGGAAGACAUGUCAAGUGGAAGAGGCCAAGCUGGUGGAGGGCCUCCACAAAAUUGUCAAAAGGUAUUUAUCCAGCGAGAUUACAGCGAAGGAACAAUGGUCAAAUUUCAAACACGAUUUCCACCGGAUCUAGAAGAUAGAAUAGACAGACAGGCGUUCGAGUAUACGAUCAAGCAAUUAAAUAAUUAUUUUGUAGAAGCCGAACGAGCCAGUUGUUCAACAUAUUGCGAGAGUUGCCUCGCAUGCCUCACCGGUUAUUUAAUUUACAUAUGCACCGAGACACAUUACGAGAAGUGCUUAAGAAAAAUAGCGAAAUUUGUGAGUGAACAAAAUGAUCGUGUUUAUAGGCCACGAGGUCUAUUAUUGACAGAUCCAACGACACGUGGACUUAGAUUAAUAGAGAUUUCAAUCUUAGACAGGCCCGCGUCGUGACUGCAUGUCAGCCGAUCCACUGAAUUUUUCAUGUGACCCACAAAAAAAAAUAUAUAUAUAUAUAUAUAUAUAUAUAUAUAAACACAUUAAGAUUUUUCUGUCGUUUUGACAGAAUUUAUAAUGAAAAAAAAGAAGAAAGAAAGGAAUGGAAAAAAGAAAUGGAAUUCAUUCUCUAUCCAUGAGAAUAGUUGAAAUAUUGUGAUUAUGAACACUUGUCGUUCCUAUAGAGACUUUGCACGAUAUUCAUUUUUAUUUUGUUCUCCCUUAAUAUAAUUGUUAUUUUUCAUUCUUUAAUAUUUAUUUUAUUUUGUCAAUUUUCCAUUAUAUAAUAACUUUCCUAGAAUUUUUACCAAGUUUUUUUUCUAUCUAUUUUUCCGGACUAUUUUUCUAGUCCUUUUAAAGAAACCGCAUCUUUUGAGAUUUUUUCGUAAGAUUUUUUUAUUUGAAAAUUUACUCAAUUUUUCUUCAAUUUUCUUAAGAGAAUUUGUUUUUUAUUAACUUUUAAACUGCUACGUGCUGAAAAAUCACACUCAGUGCUACUCCCGGUCUGUUAGACCGCUUUUCCCUUUUGUACAGUUUUUUAGUAAUUUAUCAUUUUCUAAAGACAACUAUUGUAAAUAUUUUUUACUUUUUAACAUAAAAAAAGUCAUUUCUAUAUUAUUUUGAUUCAAUUUUUUUUAUUUUUAUAUAUGUUACCUACAAUACAAAAUUUAACGAAUAAAAAUUUUUGGAAAAGUUGUCACCUAACAGAUUUUUAUAAAAUAUGAAGCUACUGAAAAGCUCAAGUUCUUAUUAUACUUUGAAAAAAAUGAACAAGCAAAGUAAAUUUUUGUAGCGGCCUGUCAAACCGGCAUAGUAGUUUAAAGGUUAAUUAUUUCAAAAGUUCAAGUCUAUUCAUUUCGCAAAAUUUCGGAAUGUUUUUUGUUUUUUAAAAUUCUGUCUAGUAGAUUUACUCAGAGAAAGAAUAAUUUUGUCCAGGAAUUGUAUCUAGAAUAUUUUUAUAUAUUAGAAAAAAAAUACGAUAAAUCGUGCAAAGUGUUUCCAAAGACUGACAAGUACCAUUGAUUUAUUUUUUUUAGACUGCUACCGACGUUUUUCAAUUUUUUUUAUUUUUUUUUUUUUUUAUAGAGAAAAAAGCGUCUAAACUGAAAAACGUUCCGAGCUUCACGAGUAUUUAAGUAUAUCCUUCCGCAUCGUAUCUUCCAUUGUUCUCUAUGUAUUGUACGGUGUCACGACAAUUUUAUUUUUUCUGUCCAAGAUUGUUAAGAUUGUGGAUAGCAAUCGCUCGUGUGUCUAAGACUUGAAAAGUGAUUUUUUUUAGCAGCGUUUUUCACGAGAGUGAGAUUUGCUUUAAGAAUAUGGUGGAUUGGCUGUUUCAAUUUAAAAAGAAAAAAAGUGCAAAAAGGAAAAAAAAAUGUUUGGAAAAUCUAGUUUUAGUCAGGAAGAAAGGCUAUAAAUCCGCAAAAUGAGCGAAAGAAUUUAUUUAAUUUUUUUAAGGGUUUUGCAAUUUAGAGGUUUAUUUUUAUUUUUUAAAAAAGGUGUAAAACUUAUGUAUUUAAAAACACAUUAUUGUGUACCGAUUUACUUACUUUCACUGAUCGCUGAAAAUUCCGACUGUUUUCUUGCCUAUUUUCAACGAAAAAAAUUGUAAAUACCCAGAGAAAUCUAAUUUUGAGUAUUUUGACAAUUAUUUUUUAAUUUAUUCGUUGAUAUUUAAAUCUUGGAAGAAGUUUACAGAUCUGAAUGAUUCGUAUCGUACCAGAGAUAAAAAGAGAAAAAAAUGUUAAAAAAUAAUUUUUUCUUAUUUUAACGAAUAAAUUGAAAAAUGAGAAAUUAUUGUUAUUUUUAUGCUUUACUAACGAAUACGGUUCAAAAGAUAUUUCAAAUUUAAAAAUUAAAACUGAUGAUUCUUAAAAAAGUUGGAAAGAAAUAAUUGAAUAUGUACCAUGAUUAUUGUUAAUUAUUUUUAUAGUAAUAUUGUUGAUUAUAAAUUAUUUUUUAUUACAAUUGUUAAUAUUUCAUGAUAAGAAAAAAAUAGUGAUGGCAGUGGACCAAGCAUUUAUGUGAAAAGAAAAUUUUUCCAAUUUUCCGCGAUCAGUGUGUAUCAAUUUUAAUUUUUUAUAAUCCAAUGUACCUUCUUUUUGAGCAAAGAUACAUUUAAGAUUUAUGCAUUUAGUAUUUGUACUAAACAACAAAAAAAGCUGAAACAUCUCCUAAAGAAACAAGUUCUCGAGAUUUUGAUUCAAAUCGAUUUAGAAAGAAAAAAACGUAAACAAAUCUAAAAACUGAAUUAAUUUCUAGAGAACAAAAUUGACUGAAUGCAAAGCAGCAGUUUUUUAGUUAAUUUAUUUUCUAAGUAUAUUAUAAUAUUUAAAAGUUACGAUAAAUAUUUUUCUCGAACAAAAUGAUAUUGUUGCACACUCCAAUAUUUAAACUGUUUUGUUGAUCUUAUAAAUAGAUAAAAUCAUCGCUCACCCCCUCCUGAUGAUGUGAUGAUUAUUUUUAAUGAAUAAGAAAAAAAACAAACAAAAAAACUGAGGUAGUUGGCGUGAUAAUGAGACUCUUCUUAGUCUUGCCAAAAUAAAAUAAUAAUAGCGUCACUGCCUCGACGUACGAAUUAUUUUUCUUUUUUUUUCAUGUAAAUGCGUACGUGGACUGAAAAAAAUCGAAUACUAAGAACGAAUGUUUUAUUAAGAGGGUGAGGGGAUGUCAUUUUGAUCUCUUUUUCUUUUAAAUUCAAAUUUUGUGCGUACGAUAUUUGCUCGUAAGUCACAAUAUCACGCGGACUCGCCUUAAUUGUGUAAACAACCAGAUUGUGUGAUGUAUGUAAAUAGAAAGAAUUACCAAUGGGUUCAUGAGUUUAUUAAUUAAAAAAAGUAAUUAUUAUAUAAUUAUAAUAAAAGAAAAACCUAAAAGCGAUGCGAGUUGUUAUACUUAACUUAACAGUAGGACCAACUAAGGGAGAAUUCAUUAUUCUAAGCGGUAACAUCGUUCGAGUGUAAUUUCUAAAUGUUUUUAAUAAUAAAAUCCUUAAAAUCAUGUA